AUGCCCGGCCCCGCCAGCCAGUCUCAGUUUGGCUGCAAGACCCCAGAGCACACGAUUAUCAGCGCAGCGUCGCUCCAUAUCCACGACGAUGUGCUCCACAUCAACACUCAAUCGGGCACGCAGUGGGACGGGAUGAAGCAUUUCGGCAUCAUCGAGCACAACUGCUUCUACCAGGGCGUCGACCACUCCUUCUUCAAGGACGGCUCCCUCGACAUCAGGGGCCCCGACGACGUCAACCCGGAGCUGAUCAAGUACGGGAUCCACACCCUACACCGACAAGCUUGGCAAGCUCCGGUCCUACCGUUCACUACGCACCCGAUCCCGCUCGCGGACCUCCUCGCGUGUGCGCAGGUGGCAUGGCAGGGCACGUCCUGCCGCCACGGGGACGUCCUCCUCAUCCGCGCGGGCUUCACGCUGCGCUACAACGGAGCGUCGCAGGACGAGCACGGCUCGAUGCGGGCCAACCCGAGACCUUCGCGGGCAUCGAGCAGGGAGCAACCACUUCGCGGUGGUCGUGUCGGACAUGCCGAGCCCGAGGUGCUUCCUCCGUGUGCAGCCUCUCAGCUCUGUCUGUCUGGCACCAAACGUUCCUCGGACUGGGGAAUGCCCAUCGAGGAGUUCUUCGGCCUCGAGGCGGUCUCGAGGCACUGUGCCGAGACCGGCUGCUACUCGUUCUGCUUCUUGUCGUGGCCGCUCAACCCUCGGAGGCAUCGGGAGGUCCCCGAACGCCGCUUGGAGAGGGGAGAGUGA